GCGCUCCUUGACGCACAGCAGCAGCAGCAGCAGCGAGACUGCGCCAAAAACGGUCUCUCCUCUCGUCUCACGCCACAGAGUGAAGAGGCAUCUAAAGAUGCCCAAAGACAGAUCGAGGCUGGUUUUAUAAAGGUUUAGGACGUCGCGAGUGCGGAAUAAUCUCCCGACGGUUUUUUUGUGUCUAUUUUUGCAUCGACCGCAGUUGAAAAUGUCUGCGCCGGUUGUUUGGAUUAACGCAAUUUGGAUUUUAAUUUUUGCCAUUUGUGAAAUGGCUCUUUCCAACUAUUCUGAGGACCAGUGCAGCUGGAGAGGAAGUGGUUUGUCGCAGCAGCAGGGCAGCGUGGAGCAGAUCUCCCUCCACUGCUCUGAGGGGACCCUGGACUGGCUGUACCCCAAAGGCGCCCUGCGUCUCACCCUCUCACCUCGCCUCCCCUCUGUGGCCGUGGGGCCCGGGGCCGGCAGCAGCUCGGGCCUCAUCACCGCCUGCGUCAAGCCCUCGGAGCAGUUCCACGGGGCCCAGCUCUACCUGGAGAGGGACGGGGUCCUGGAGCUGCUGGUCGGGGACCGCCUCGAGACCUCGCCCCCGCCCAGGGUCCGGUGCUUCAGCCGCUUGCCCGGCGAGAAGGUGGCGCUGUUCCUGCAAGCUACGCCCCACCAGGACAUCAGCAGGCGGAUCGCGUCCUUCCGCUACGAGCUGAGAGGGGACUGGACCGCCCGCCUGGCACUGGACUCCAACACCAUCAGCAGUGAAGAUGCCUGCAGACCCUGCAACAACACUGAGAUUCUGAUGGCUGUGUGCACCAGUGACUUUGUGGUGCGUGGGAACAUCCAGUCGGUGGAGGAAGACGAGAACUUGAAGGCCGCCGUGAUCAAAGUCAGCGCCACGCGCGUCUUCCGUCAGAAGUACGCGCUGUUCACCGGCAACAGCCGCCUCACCAGCAAAGGCGAGAUCAGGACUCUGCUGCACUGCGGCGUCAAACCGGGACCCGGCAGCUUCCUGUUCACCGGCCGGGUCCACUUUGGCGAGGCGUGGCUAGGCUGUGCGCCGCGCUACAAAGACUUCCAGAGGGCGUACACGAUCGCCAAAGCAGCCCAGCAGAUUCCCUGUGAACUGCCCAUCGACUGAGUCAAAUGUGCGCAGGUGUUUAUCUGUCACGCAGAGCGAAGUCAAAGUCAGGCCAAACUCUCGGGAAGAAGCCGCGACGCGCGCUCAACUGUCGCCACCGACGGAAACUCCCAAAGGACUGAGGAGUGAAAUGGUCCCCCCGCCCGCCGCCCGACCCCAACCCCCCCCUCCACCCGACACCAUUUCAGUGCAAUAUGCAGUCACCUGGUCCAGAGGACCGGGCGGAGUCGCAACACGAGGGACGUGGAGAUUAAAAGUGUGUGACAUCGGACGGUGAUUUCAAACUGUGAUGCCUUCAUGCUGCGUUCAGAGUAAAUCUUAUAAAGUCGAGACAUGAAAUCAGGCCUCUCACGCUCAUCACUCAGAAACUCAGGAACAUUCCAGAUCAGCAUGUGACAUCCUGGUGAGGAUACACCAGAAAAGCGUGUAGGAUCAGUGAUGUGUUACGAUUAAUAAAGUCCUGACAAGAGGAAAUGUUAAAGAAAUAUUUGCACUGAUUUACGAGAGACAAAAAAAAAGGGAAUUAUCUGGAGAGAGUGACGCUGUAAGCACUGAAAACCAAAUAUAUAUAUAAAAAAAAGCAACUAUAUGUAGCAUAGUGGAGCGAUGAAGUAUUUUUAAUAUAUGUACAGACAAUGUGAGCACAUACAGGAAGUAGUUUUCACGUGCUGCUGCCGGCACUUUCAUACUCACGCCAACUCAGAGAUUUUUGUGAAAAGCUCAUUAUUCUGUCGGACUUCAUCUUUGUUUCACGUUUAAGUCGCAAGAAAGUAUUGCAACUGGACCGCGUUUGGAUCCUUAAUAUUAUUUAAAGAUUUCAAAUUUGGUUCCUCUCCACUGCUUUCUCCUGAUUUUGUGUUAGAAAUGGAUUCUAAAAGUUAAAAGAUAUUGUUUAAGGUUUUUUUUUGGUUGGUGUUAUGUAAUAUUAAAUCUACAAGGGGAAGCGGUUCAAACCAAAUGACCAUGACGUGCUGAUGUCUUUAAUGCGUACACUUGCUGUUUGUUGUUGUUUUUCCAUGUGAAUUUAUGUAUAUAUCAAUGUGAAUGUAAAUAAUGUGAAUAAGAAAAAAUGCCUAUGGAAGAAAGAACUCUUGUCUAUGUGCUGUGGAUUAUUUCUACGUUUGUCUUUGUUAUUAAAAUGUACUGUUUUUAAAAACA